UAUAAAUUCAACAUGGCCGAAAAUGUACAUCCUGGUUGAAAUAUCGAAAGUUCUUUUCGCUUUUAACCAUAGCUCUUCAAUAAAUUAAGAAAACAUGACAUAAUAAUUAACUGCUCUUAUUUGUAAGCGAUGGGUUCACACGUCCUCGAUGUCCUUCGCCAGGGAAUAUGGGCGUCGCUAACUGGAGGCUGGUUCUUCGAUCCUCACCUUAGCAUUUUUAUCAACACAUUCCACCUGUAUCUAUGGAUGUUUCUGUUGGCUCUUCCGUUUAUUCUUCACCUAACGCUGUCCCCUACAUUUCUGGUAUGGGCAAUCUACUGUGCAGUCAUAGGGGUGGUGUUUGCCUUAUUGAAGUUCUUCAACUAUCAACUACACCACAUGUUCGACACUAGUGAAGUGAUUGAAGAAGUGAAUGAGAAAAGCAACAAAGAUGAGACAGCAGUGGAUAACUCCAGCGAGGGUGUUAAAAUGACUGAAAUGGGCAGCACUAGACCUGAGCAAAGUGAUGAUAAAUCAGACACACUGGCAGAAAGCAAACUAAAUAUAUCACCAAAUCCUCUUAGAGAUAAAUUUGAGAGUAAACUAACUAAAGAUGGUAGAUGUUGUAUAUCUAUUCGGGCCGAGAAUAAAGCACCAUUAGCUGUAAUGGACAGAGAUGAAAUUGAAAAGCAGGCAGUUGGUACUUCCAAGGAUGUACUUUCACUGUUGGGAGAACAUUCUGACGAAGAUACACCAACAGAUGGUGAAGACGAAGCUAGCAUUCCGAACACUAUAACAACAAAAGCGGAUGUAGAGGCUGAGCCUUCCGAGUUCCAGCUUAGUUUUCCUGAUAACAGCACUGUCUCUGUAGCAGCCAAGUCCCCUAGCGAGUCAAAACAUUCCUGGGAUGCGGAUCUUAGCGACACCUCGCCCAAACAUAGGCCAGAGAAAGUGAAAAAACCCAAGCGUAAAGCUCACAGGGCUAGAAGUAGUGCCCUGGAAUCAGCUGGUCCUGCCUCUAGAGAUUUCUACAGAAAGUCCCUUCAGCCUAGACCUUCUCUUCCUCCAAGACCUUCUCUCCCUCCAAAACCAGCUCGACAAAAGUUGGACUCUGUGAUUAACAAGGACACUGGGGUGAGUAUUGUUAGGCCAUGGAGUGACCAGACAAUAUCUAGAACGAAACAGAUGCUUGCAAGUGAUGAGAUAACCGUGAUUGAUUUUGAGGUAAUGAAAAAUAUAUCUAUGGAGUAUGAGACUAGAAACAAGAAGCCAGUGGUCGAGCAGGAUGACAAUAAUAGUUUCCAUGAUAAUGAUGAAGAAACCACAAUGAAGAAGACUAGUGUUUGUACUAUGAAUCCUAAAUAUGUUUCCGGAUUUGCAGCUAAGAAAGCGGAGCAUAGUGACAAUAAAUCUGACCAGAAUGUACCUCCUUGUAGUGAUAAAGUACAUGUAAUUACGCCAAAUCUGCCACAGGAAUCUGUCUCAAAUACUGUAGAUUAUGCUGAUGAUUGUACAAAAGCUCAAGAAUCAGGUUUUGUUUCUGACUGUGAAGAAACUAUCAAAGGCAAAGAAACCCAUAGUCAUGCUUUUAAGAGAAAUGCCAUAAGUGAAGAACGCACUGUUGCCAAAAGCAGUAAACCCCAUUUAAAAACAUACAGUCAUCCAUCAAUGAAAUUGACACGGACAAAAAUUGCUUCUAGUAGCAGUGACUCUGAAUCUGAUCUUAGUCUUGGUGAGGUCUACGUGGCAGAUAGAAAUGCGUCAGUCUGUGAUACUAGUAGUCAUAAAGACCUUAAAGCAAAAAAGAGCCCAAAGCACAAAAAUGGAAAGAUCUUAGCCAGGCCAAUAAGUGCUGAAUUUGUGAAAUCAAAUUCAUUUAAUGGUACCAAAAGCAAUUCAGGAAAGACCAAGAUGAAAAUUCAUUCCAGUCCUACUCUGAAUACAAGUACAUCGCAGGCCAACAAUGGAAAGUCAAAAGACGUUGGCUUUGCAAGAGUCAGCAAGAUGCUGGCACGAGCAGCGAAUGAAGUGACACGUGCUGACUCGCCCGCGUCUGUCGGUGGCCAUCCUUCCACGUCACAACAGAGCAGCAUUAUAGGCAUCGACUGGCUCUUCGAUGGUACUGACAGCGAUUCUUCUGAUACCAGGACACAUCAUGACCAAGAUUACGACAGUGUGACCUCCACGUCCAAUUCCCUUGACGACAGUUUCUAUGACAACCAAGCCAGGCAGGGAUUUGCUGCCAGCCAUGACACCGACACAGUGACCUCCCCUGACAGCACUGACCUUGACCCUCAAAGUAACAAGGGGGAGCAACUCUCUGAUGGGGAGAUUGACCCUUUGACCAUUUUGUGUUAUGAAUUUGCACCUAAGAAAAUUGGAUCACAAAACAAGGCAAAUCUAAGCAAUGCAGAUGACUAUGAAGUUAUGUCUGCACCAAGUGAUAAACAGACCAUCGAAGUGCAUGGCACUGAUGAAGCAAUGGCUGAUACAGAAGUUACUGAAAUCAAAGUGGAUGACAUUGCAACUGAGCAGGCUGAAGUUCCCUCGGUGGACACUCAGUUAGAGGCGAUGAGAAAGCAAGGGGCAAUUCCAAAACACUUCAACAAGCCUGUACCAGCAUUGCCUGAACCAAAAACAAGCACAGAAGAUGUGCCUGACACCAAAGCGUCUAGUCCGUCAUCAUUUGACCUUUCUGACCCGGAGGAGUUCCACAGGAAGUUGAUAGAGAUCCUUAAUGAGCCGCCUGAGAGCUCCCAGGAGCAGCUCAAACGGGUCAUGGCUGCAUUUGAUAAGAAAAAUAAAAGGAGUGGAAGACAAGGUGGAAAGGAAGAUAAGAGUGUGAGCGUGGGUGAGUCUGGUCAGGACCUGGGAGUUGGUCUGUUCAGCGUAGAUGAUGUUGACACUAAGUCUAAUGAGUCCAAACCAGUAACCCCGACUGAGAUAUGCAGUCUAUUGCCUGAUGAUCAGGAACACCGCCGUAUGAAACGGAAUGCACGCAAACCAGUCAGCAGGAAGCGUCGUCCAGCCAGACGCCAGUCCCCUACUCCCCCUGUGUUGCUAGGUGACAAUUCACACAUAGCGGAGUCCCACGAGGACACAACAGAGGGGGCCACCCACCUGUUCCAGGAUGAGGAGGGGAACUGGUUCUCUUACACGUUUGGAGAGAAUGGUAUGGGAGUAGCCAUGUCACUGGCAGAGGCAGAGGAAAAGAACAAACCAAUCUCUGAGGACCCCUGGAGUUCUGAUUCAUGUACCUGUGGUUCCCUGGUGGUUUUGGACUCAUUGAAGGACGAUGUUGACAAGCCUGGCCCCCACAGCAACCGUCACCCACCUGGGGUCGAUGUACGCAACCCACGUGGGGUGCUGGAGCAUCUGAGUGGACACUUUGAUCCAAUAGUUCUAGCCAGUCUGGACGACUAUGUUGACCGUUUACUGGAGAGUGGGCGUCGCUUUGAUCUCUCAGAUGACUCGGACUCCAAAGACACAUCGUCCCAAGAUGUUCCUACGACCAAACACUUCUACAAGUUCAAAGUUCUACCAAAGAAAUUCCUCAAGAUAUAUUUUGACAGACUGGCCUUGUUAGCUUUGUUAGAUAGAAACCUGUCUGUGAUAGAGAAUGUGAUUGCCACAGUGAUGGCGGUGCUGGUGGGAGCCCUGGGGGGUCUGGUGCUAGCGGGCAACUUCUACUACGACAUCUGGAUGUUCGUGUUCUGUCUCAUCAUGGCAAGCUGCCAGUACUCCCUUGUGAAGAGCGUCCAACCAGAUGCUGCUUCCCCUAUGCAUGGUUACAACCACCUGAUUGUGUUCAGCCGCCCGUUCUACUUCUGCCUGUGCUCUGGGCUGAUGCUGCUCCUAGAUCACGCCAGCCAAGGUGCCUCCCCGCACACCAUUUAUGUUUAUGGGAUGCCCUUCACAUCAACAUCAGCCCUCUGGUUGGCGAGGGAUUUCCUCAAAGUGUUUCUGCUUUGUCUGCCACUUGUGUUCACGGUGGGUCUGCUGCCUCAGGUCAACACAUUCUGCAUGUAUGCACUGGAGCAGAUAGACACACACAUCCUUGGAGGCAAUGCCACAGUUAGCCUGGUGUCUUCUGUGUACUCUAUCUGUCGAAGUCUGCUGGCUGCAGGGAUCCUGUAUGUGAUAUGCUACCUCACACUAAUACAGCUAGGCAAGAACAUUGUGGAUGACCCAAAUCCCUGUCAGAACCGUGAGUUUGCCCAGACAGCAGCUUUCUCCAUAUACAAUGCUGUGCUGAUAGCGGUCUCCUACCAUCUAAGUAGAUCUGCCUCUGACCCAAGUGUGCUCUGGAUGUUGAUACGGGACAAGGUGUUGGGAGAGAAGCAGGAGAAGGAGCCCGUGAAGAAGGCUGAGGACUCUGAAGUGACAGAGGAGAUGGAGGACCCAUUGCCGGACAAGAUGAAGAAAUGUGUGAGCGAGCGUUUGCAGUCGGACCUGUUGAUCAGUAUCGUGAUUAUGAUCCUGUCGUUUGCCAUUCAUGUCAGCACAGUGUUCAUUCAGCCACUGAUAGAUCAAGUGCUGUAUUUCACUGUGGCUGGUAUCGGGUUCCUCAUUCACUACGUCAUACCAAUGCUGCGUAAAGAGAUGCCGUGGCUCUGCUGCUCCCAUCCAAUGCUCAAGAGCGAGGAACGAGACAUGUAUGAGGCCAGAGGCCCUGCUAAGAUCAUGUGCUUUGAGAAGCUCUACAUCUGGCUGAGGUUCAUAGAGCGUAACGGCAUGUACCCAGUCAUCAUGAUGUGCGCACUGACACGCUCUGUGCCUGUGGUCAUAUGCAAGUUCGGAGACUAUGUUGGUCCGCUUGUCCUGGCAAUAUGCUCGCUAAAGAUGCUGCGAUUCACGUUUUCCAACACGCCGAAACAGCACAUGAUCCUAGCCUUCACCACACUGUUCUUCAAGUAUGACAUGCGUUGGGCGUCAGAAACCAUGAUCAUUGACUACUUCUUUGUUGCCAUCAUUUUCAUGAAGUUCUAUGACCUGUACUUGAAGAUGAAGUUUAUCAUCACUUACAUCGCCCCCUGGCAGAUUACCUGGGGCUCGGCCUUCCACGCCUUUGCACAGCCUUUCAGUGUACCUCAUUCUGCCAUGUUGUUUCUGCAAGCGGGGGUGUCAGCUUUAUUCUCAACGCCACUCAACCCAUUUUUGGGCAGUGCCAUUUUCAUUACCUCCUAUGUGCGACCAGUCAAGUUCUGGGAGAAGGACUACAAUACAAAGCGUGUGGACCAUAGCAAUACAAGGCUCUCACAGCAGCUAGAGAGGAACACAGGUGCUGAUGACAACAACCUGAACUCCAUCUUCUAUGAGCACCUCACCCGCUCGCUACAGCACAGCCUUGGCGGGGACCUGCUCAUGGGUCGCUGGGGUAACGCAGAGCAAGGGGACAUCUUUAUCAUGGCAUCUGACUCUCUCAAUGCCCUUGUUCACAUCAUAGAGAUGGGCAACGGGCUGGUCACAUUCCAACUCAGGGGUCUGGAAUUCAGGGGAACUUACUGCCAGCAGCGAGAGGUAGAGGCCAUUACAGAAGGGGUUGAGGAUAACGAAGAGUUCUGUUGCUGCGAGCCAGGACACUUGCCCCAUUUCCUGUCCAUGAACGCUGCGUUCAACCAGCGCUGGUUAGCGUGGGAAGUCGUGGUGACCAAGUACGUGCUUGAGGGCUACAGCAUCUCUGACAACAAUGCCGCCUCCAUGGUGGGCGUGUUCGACUUCAGGAAGGUCCUCAUCAUGUACUAUAUACAGAGCAUCAUAUAUUACACCGUACGAUCUCCGCGCCUUGAGCAGUGGCUGGAAAAUCCCACCAUCAUGGAGGCCCUAGCAACGGUUGCUAGCGACGACUAUGUUGAUGUUGACCACAUAUUCACAGCCGAGGUGGACGAUGAUUAUGCAUCGCACAGUUCUGGAAUCUCCCGCAAGAGUUUCUGUGGCAAAUACUAUGAAUGGAUACAGUACUGUGCGUCUAGGAGAGAAAAGACGGUGGAGUGUGGCAGAGAUUCCCUGCUGGUUUCCCUAUGUUUUGCACUCAGUUUGCUGGGUAGAAGAGCACUCGGAAAUGCCUCCCAUAACAAUGGCUCUAGCAGUGUUGAGUUUUUCCUGUACGGACUUCACCAGCUGUUCAAGGGAGACUUCCGUAUCACCUCCCCUCGAGACGAGUGGGUCUUCGCUGAUAUGGAGCUGCUAAGAAGAGUUGUGGCCCCUGGCGUAAGGAUGUCCCUCAAACUUCACCAGGACCAUUUUCUCGGAUCUGAUACAUACGAGACGGAGAAGCCGUUAUACAAGAAGCAUUUGUACGAUGCAAUCACUGAGUACGAGACCAAUCUGGUGAUAUCCCAUGAGGCGGAUCCUGCAUGGAGAAAUGCAGUCUUGUCCAAUACGCCAUCGCUGCUAGCUCUCAGGAACGUGUUUGAUGAUGGUUCGGACGAAUACAAAAUAAUCAUGCUGAACAAACGAUUCCUCACAUUUAGAAUUGUCAAGGUAAAUCGUGAGUGUGUGAGAGGGCUAUGGGCCGGCCAGCAGCAGGAGUUGAUAUUCCUGCGCAAUCGCAACCCCGAGCGUGGCAGCAUCCAGAAUGCCAAGCAGGCCCUGCGUAACAUGAUCAACUCCUCAUGUGACCAGCCAAUUGGCUAUCCUAUCUACGUGUCGCCACUGACAACCAGCUACUCCUCCACCAAUGAGCAGUACACCUCAGUUGUAGGGGGAGAGUUCAUUAUUGCCAAUGUCAAACGUUUCUUUACAAAUGCAUGGCAAAGUUUACGUCGCCACUGCGGUGCCUCGUGUUCUUCUGGAGGAUCGGCCUUUGUGGAGGGAGAUAUUCCCUACAGCUGCACGCACGCUUCAGCAGCCACCAUCCAGGGUCUGUCAGGUAGGGGCUGUCUCAACCCCACAAACCCAGUCUCCAGCCCCCUCGAGUUGGCCCUAACGACACGGGGUAACCGUGGCAGCCUCAUAUCCACGUCGAGUUCCGCUGCCAGCAAGCCACGGUCUUUGGUCAUGCUGGCAGGGUUUAUUGGGGAAAGUCAGCCCAAGGAGAAGGAGUUAAUCAAUCAAAAAGUUAAAAUCACAGAUGCAAGCUGUGUUCUAGACAGUCUCAAUCAAGGCCCCAGGUCUGAGCUACCAGGGCCGUUGCAGGACUGGCGCAGCAGUGGAGGUGUCAAUGUCUGGGGAGGUUGGAGCCCUGCAGUGGGUAUGGAGGGAACCGUGGUGCACCGCUGGCCCGCCUCCAACUGGGACUGGGAAACCAGGAGGCGUUUCCAUGGUGACAAAGCUGUGCUGCUGGUUCAGAUUGGGGACCGAUACGUUCCCGUGUCUGAAUCAGGGGUGCAGCCAAUUGGAACAGAGCUGUAACAGGUCAUAGGUCACAUUGGAUAAUCAGUACAGAAUUGUGAAAGGUCAAGGGUCACAGAAGCUUGAAGGUGUGUAGCCACUUAGUACUGAACUGUGAAAGGGUUUGGAAAUCAGACCGCUUGAAUCCAUCAGUUGGUACAGUUGUUAACAUACUGACAGUUCAAAGGUUACAACAUAAAGUGUUGUGUGUGCUGGUGUAAGUCUGCGCUAUCCUUUUUUCUGAAUGACAAUCAAUGCAUAGUUAAAUGUGCAGGUUCUUUGAAUGGGUGCAGUGGCCAAGGCUAUCCCACAAUUCCAAAUGAUAAUGUGGUGUUUAGUGUUGCUAAGUUUAUUCCAGUUUCUACCAGCAAGACGUCAUUUCCUUCAGUUAACAUUCCCAAAGAAAAUAUGACUGAAUCAGCAUUUCCAUGAUAGACUGGAUGAGAUGUAAUGUAAUGAGAAGUACUUAAUGUUGUGCAAUAAUGCUUGCUCAUGAGCAUGAUAUUUUUAUGAUGUCUAUCAGACAUUUCAUUGACUUGCAUAUUAUGCUUUAAAAAAAGUAAUUUCAUAGCCUAAAAUGGCAAAAUAAAGUCCCUACUUGUAGUAAAGAUUAUGUUCAUGCAGCAUAAAAUGAUAAAAUGUUGAACUCGGGAAUAAUACUUUACUGGGAAUUAUGUAGAAAACCUAAAACAUAACAAAUUUCCCACAUCCGCAAUAUUUUAACCAUAAUGAAACGCUUAUUGAUCUGUUUGACAAAGUUUUAUUUUGAGCAAAGGUUUUAUUGUAUAAAAAACACUCAAUUAUUAACUUAUUUUUAAUAUUUCAAGGAAUAUAUGUUUUAGCAACAUCCAGCUUUGUUAUAUCUAAUAUAACAGAAUUCUGACUGCAUAAAAAUUAACAUGUUUCAGAAAUAACUGAAGUUUUAUUGUGAACAUAGCACCAGGAAUUCUAGUGAAUAUGAUGGUGUAAUGUCAGAUUUUUUGUUUGCUUAAUUUGGACUGUGAUAUUUGCUGCUACAAUGUUGCAUUACUGUCUACAAAAGAGCUUUGCACAGAGAAUAAAUAGAUAUAUAUAUGUAUGAUACUAAAGGUAUGCUUUAAUAUGUAUGAUAGUAUUGCAUUAAUGAAUAAAUAAUUAUACCCCCACAAACAAAGUUAAGGGGGGUAUAUAGGAGUGAACUUGUCUGUCUGUCUGUCCGUCUGUCGGUCAGUAUUUAGUGUCAGCAGUCUUAUUCAAGUUGUUUUCAUCCGAUCUUCUUCAAACUUGGUCAGAAGUUGUAUCUAGAUGAUGUCUAGGUCAAGUUUGAAUAUGGGUCAUGCUGGGUCAAAAACUAGGUCAUGGGGUCACUCAGUGUGUUUUAAACAUUUAGCAUGUUGUCCGCUCUCUAAUUCACGAGUCUUCAUCCAAUCUUCACCAAACUUGGACAGAAGUUAUAUCUAGAUGAUCUCUAGGCCAAGUUUGAGCAUGGUGCUCCCUAUUUCAAGUACUUUUCAUCUGCUCUUCAUGUGGGGGUAUUCGUCACGUCUGUGACAAAGCUCUAUUUAAACUUCUUUUAUUUUCACUUAAAUGAUGUAAUCUCAUCACAAUGACUUUGCUUUUAUUCAUUAUAAGCAAAUUGAAAUCAUAGCUUGAUUGGUUGUUAUUAUUAGUUUAAAUAGCAAAGUGACUUUUUCACAGAGUAUGAACUGUGGGGAAAGUAUGCCCAAUUUUAUGCAUUGGCGUUUCCUGAAAUUUCAUACACUGAUGACCUGCAGAAAAAAGCAAUUCAUUCUUAAUUUAUUGUGUUAUUUUCAAGAAAUUAAUUCAGUUCAGUUUAACAUUUAAGAAGAAAUACCAAAUUGAAAAUGGUGCCUUGUCUCUAAUGCCAGUUUUGUCAAUGAAAACAAAUAAAUCAAUAAUCUUAGUAUACAUACAGAAAUUUACCUACAUUUUUAGCUUGACUAUUAUAUAUGAAAUAUAUAUAGUGGAGCUAUCCUACUUGACAUGGCGUCGGCAUUACCGUUUCCGUUAGCGUUAGCGUGCAAAUGUUAAAGUUACGUACUACUCCAAUUAUUUUCAUUGUCCCUUGACAUAUUGCUUUCAUAUUUUGCAUACUUGUUUACCAUCAUGACCCCAACCUAUAAACAAGAGCAGACACCUGUAUCAAGCAUUUUGACAGAAUUAUGGCCCCUUUUAUACUUAAAAUAUGCGUAUUAUUGAUAAAUCUAUGUUAAAGUUUGUGUACUACCCCAAAUAUUUCCUGUGUCCCUUGACAUAUUGCUUUCAUAUUUUGCAUACUUGUUUACCAUCAUGACCCCAACCUAUAAACAAGAGCAGACAACUGUAUCAAGCAUUUUGACAGAAUUAUUGCCCCUUUUAUACUUAGAAUAUGCAUAUUAUUGAUAAAUCUAUGUUAAAGUUUGACAAAACAACACUUACCUGACAUACCA